UAAUUUUGUCUUCCCUUCUAUCUCCUUAAGUGUUAAAAAGACUUGCAUCUAAGGAACUUGGCAUUUUUCAGUUGGUUAUGUUGUUAUGGUUACUCUUUUCACAAAAAAAGAGUCAUAGUACACUUACUCAGAUUUAAAAAUAAGAAGAUUGUCCAAACGAGCGAAUGCAAACAGAAAAUAUCUGCUAAGAGUGUGAAAAGCUUAAAAAGGCUUGGAUAGAGCUAAAACUUGGAGCCAAUACUCAUAUAGUAAAAUGCAACAAAACAAUGGUACAGUCCCAGGUAAGGAUUUAGUUCUCCGAAGCAAUGGACCGAGGAAGCAAAAGAACCUCGGGCAACUGUUGUUGAAUCCACUUCGAAGCUUUGUGUUGUUGGAAAAUUGUUCUCCAGUUGUGAAUUCCUUCAACCUUGGCAGUACGAGCCCAUUUCUGUUGGGCCCAUCUACUUUACAACUUGCUCAGAUUAAGACAUAUUUGGCUCUUCAACAGUUGACAUCCGGCUACUCUCCGUCGUCAUAUACUCUUCUAAACCAGGCACUGUUGAAGGUCACAAUGUCACGCCCAAUGUUUAAUCCUAGGGGAUCUUUUUCAUCACCAAGAUAUCCUAAUCAGGGUGGAUCAAACAUGCCUCGCGGACCUUUCAUGGGAGGUAUGAGAAUGGAAGGAAGUAGACCUAGAAUGGGUUCAGAAGGCCAUGCGUUCAGAGGACUGCCACAGGGUUUCACAGUCAGCGAAGCAUUUACCAGGCUGCAUGCACUUGGGUUGCAGACACCUGGUCAGGAUAGAUCAAAAAUGAUGGAUGUACAGCUGCCACAGCAUAGAGAGGAUCCUCGCUUGACAAAAGAGCAACUCGAUAUCCCAGAUUUACCCCUCGGAAUGGGUGUGCAGGAGUCGCCACCAAUAAAUCGUUCUGAACAUGGCCAGUGGCCCUAUGCGGGUACUCGUACAGAGCAUAUGCCAACUGACUUUGGUAGUUCCCGGCUUGAUGAGCCAAGUCCAAGAAGUCAAAACAGAUAUAAUUCAGAGAGUGCUUCUAGUAUUCUGGCAAGCUUUGGAUUGUCGAAUGAAGACCUGGAAGAACUGAGCCAUUACCCAGAUGAUCAACUGACUCCUGAAAACAUGCCUUUAAUCUUAAGAGAGAUUCGGAUGCGCAAGCUCAGUCGACCAGAGGAGCCUAGUUCUGGUUUUUCUUUUGGUAAAGAUACAGAAAACAUUGUAAAGGGCAAUGUAAUAGAUUACGGACAUGCAAGCAAAUAUGGGUACUCUGAAGAUCCUCUUGAAAGGAUGCUUGAUUCUGACUUGCCAAAUCAGGAUAUUGAACGACCUAAAUAUGAUUGUUUGCCUGAGACUUCAGUGAGUAGUAUGAGGGGUUCAAGAGAGUUUCCUUCACAAAUGUGUAAUGAACCACCUUUACAAAGUGUAACUCAGCCAGCCUUUCCAGGCAGUAAAAGAGAUGAAAAGGUUAAGCCAGUUAGUGAGGAAAAUGUACAGCCUGGCCUUCCAAUUGAAGCAUUAGUUACAUCUGUUGGUGACUCGCGCAAUAAAAAUAAACCACCUGGUAAGAAUGGACCUGUACGCAACCUGAAAAAUUUAGAAAACCAGAAUUCACAGAGUUUUGGCAUUCAGAGCUCCCAGAACUUUGGAAGUCAAGCCCCACCAAACUUUGGAAACCAAGCCCCAUUACCGUAUGGAAAUCACCCCCCUGCGACAUUUGGUAACCAGCCACCUGCGGCAUUUGGAAGUAGUGCUCCACCGAUGUUUGGUAACCAGGCUGCAGGCACUGCUCUAGCUCAGCCUACUUUUCCUGUUGCGCAAGGACCCUGGAAACCACCACCUGCAACACCAUCUGAUGUCAAAGUCACCAAAAAACUGCCCACUCCUUCUAUGAUGAAUGAUUAUUAUGCUACUACACCGAGAAUAUAUCCCCAUAUGUGCUCUCUGUGUAAUGUAGAGUGUAGACAUUUAAAGGAUUGGAUUGAACAUCAGAAUACAGCCUCCCAUAUUGAAAGCUGCAGACGUCUACGCCAACAAUAUCCAGACUGGAAUCCAGAAGUUUUGUCCAGUGCAAGGAAGGAUGUGGAUGCUAAAGCAAAAGAAGGCACUAAAACCAGGAGUGCUAGCCCAAGACGUAGACGAUCACGGUCACGCUCCACGUCUGCUAGUAGGGCACCCCGUUCCAGAUCUAGGAGCCCUCAUCACUUGGACAGUAGGAGAGAGAGUCAUCGGCGGAUCCGAACUAGAUCUAGGUCUCCCAGAAAUGCAGGAGCCCUCCGUCGAUCUAGGUAA